AUUUCAUCCAAUUAAAAAAUUUCCUUCUUUUCUAGAUUCCUUGUAACCCAUUAUUCUAAGAUUAAGGAUCGAUGUUUAGCUUUAAUUUAUUUUCAGAAUUCACAAAUGGGAUUUUUAAGACUCAAUACAAAUGUUUUUCAGUAUCUAUGUUACCUGGAAAUGAGAGAAAAGAUGUAGAAAGAGGAGGAAAGAUUAUUAUGCCACCCUCUGCAUUAAAUCAAUUAACAAGAUUAAAUACUGAAUACCCAAUGUUAUUUAAAUUGACAAAUUUAAAAACAAAUAGAAUAACUCAUUGCGGUGUUUUGGAAUUUGUGGCAGAUGAAGGAAAAAUUUAUAUUCCAUAUUGGAUGAUGAGAAACAUCUUACUUGAAGAGGGAGGUUUUGCUCAAGUUGAAUGUAUUUCAUUGCCCAUUGCAACAUAUUCUAAAUUUCAACCACAAUCAGUUGAUUUCUUAGAUAUUACAAAUCAUAAGGCCUUAUUAGAAAAUGCCUUAAGAAAUUUUGCAUGUUUAACAACAGGGGAUAUUCUGGCUAUUGAAUACAAUGAUCAAAUAUAUGAAUUAUGUGUGUUAGAAACAAAACCUGGAAAAGCAGUGUCAAUUAUUGAAUGUGAUAUGAAUGUUGAAUUUGCAGCCCCUGUUGGAUAUAAAGAGGAAGAACUACCAGAAGAUGAAAUAAUUGAAGAGUUAACUGAAAUCGAUCAAAAUAUCGAAGAUUUGAAAUUUUCGGCAUUUAGUGGACAAGGAAGCAGAAUUGAUGGAAAAAAUCAUAAAAUUGAAAUGUUUAAAUCAAAUAACAUAGUCAAAAGAGGGAUUCCCGAUUAUGAUUUUAACAUCAAUAAGUUAGUAUUCUCAAGAGGUGUCUUUAAAAAAACGGAAAAUAAGGAAACGAACAGUCAAAAUAAAUCAUUUCAACCGUUUUCAACUGAAGGUAAAAAGCUACGCACCCCAAAAUAUUAAACCAUGUGAAAUACUUACUAUUAUUUACAAAUUUAAAUAUUAUGUUAUAUAUCUUAUCUAUAUAAUAAAACAAUCCUUAAAAUUUGAUCCACUAUAUAUAUAUAUAUAUAUAUACCAAAGACUUUCAUGGGAUUUUUUGAUCAGGCCCAGCCUAGGCCACAUUAAAAAAAAUUGAAGGCCUGGCCCAUAUUUUAAUAUUAAAAAA